UAAUUUGCCAUUUCUCUCUUAUAUAUAUAUAUGAUUCCCAGUUCUGAAACCAACUCUCUGUAGAAAUCAAGAAAUACACACAUAUAUAUGUAUAUAUGUAUACGUAGAGAGAGAGAGAGAAAGAGGAGAUAAACAAACAAACCGCACAAUAAAAGGUGGCCGGAAAAAGGUGAAAAUCGCCACCGCUAACCGCCGCCUCUCAUCUCUCCCGCGUGACAUAUUACCAUACGUAACAGACCCACUCAGAUUUCAUAAACCCAAAUCCCUAAAAUCUUCAUUUAUACCCCACUUUUGACUUCUCUCUCUCUCUCUCUCUCAUCUCUCUCUCUCUCUCUAGAGAUAAGAAAAUUCAAUUAAAUAAAUAAAUAAGUCAUUUAUUGAUUGUUUUGUGUAUUUAUACGUGGAGGUGAAGGGGUGAGAGAUUUUCACAGAGGGGGUGUCGAUUGAUUUGAUUAAUAUUUUCUUUUUUUAUAAAUAUAUUUGCAUCGGAUUAAUCAGUUGUUAGCGCGGCGGCGGUGCGGCGGAGAUGGGGACGGAAAUGGUGGACCUGGAGGAGCAGAUUCAGGCCGUCGCUACCACCGGAGAAAAUACUGCGGCGGCCAUUUUCAAGAAAGCCAAUCUUCCUGUCACACUCAAGUUCGAUGAAGUUGUAUACAAGAUCAAGAUCAACAACGGCGGCUGCCUGAAGAAACCCACAACGAAAACCGAAGAGAAAUCAAUCCUAAGAGGAAUCUCCGGCGCGGUCCACCCCGGCGAGAUGCUCGCAAUGCUGGGGCCCUCCGGCAGCGGCAAGACGACGCUCCUCACCGCCCUCGGUGGCCGUCUCGGCGGCCGCCUCGGCGGAAGCAUCACCUACAACGGCAAGCCCUUCUCGAACGCAAUGAAGCGCAACACGGGGUUCGUGACGCAAGACGACGUGCUCUACCCCCACCUCACGGUCACCGAAACCCUAGUCUACACCGCCCUCCUCCGCCUCCCGAAAACCCUAACCAAGCAGGAGAAGUCCCGCCACGCGGAGGCGGUGAUCGAGCAGCUCGGCCUCUCGCGGUGCCGGAACAGCAUCAUCGGGGAUCAUUUUCUCCGGGGAGUCUCCGGCGGCGAGAGGAAGCGCGUCAGCAUCGGGCAAGAAAUGCUGAUUAAUCCGAGCUUGUUGUUCUUGGACGAACCGACUUCCGGGCUCGACUCGACGACCGCUCAGAAGAUCGUGUCCACUCUGUGGGAGCUCGCGAACGGCGGCAGAACGGUGGUGAUGACGAUUCAUCAGCCUUCGAGCAGGCUUUAUUACAUGUUUCAUAAGGUGCUUUUGCUUUCGGAAGGGAACCCGUUGUUUUUCGGUAAGGGAUGCGACGCGUUGGACUAUUUUGCUAGCGUCGGUUUCGCUCCGUCGGUUGCUAUGAACCCGGCCGAUUUCCUCCUAGAUCUUGCAAACGGAGUUUCGACGGCCGAUUCGCACGAGGAUCAAACGGCCGUCAAGCAAACACUGGUUUCAGCCUACAAAGCAAAUCUUUCGGAGAGUGUGAAAUCGGAACUUGCAAAUGAAAUUCAAAUCCAUUUGCCGACGGAUAGUAAGCAGUUCGGGCGAUGGUCAAACACUUGGUGGGACCAAUUCUCGGUUCUUUUCCGACGAGGAAUCAAAGAACGCAAGCACGAGUCUUUCUCCGCGCUCAAAAUCAUUCAAGUUUUAGUCGUCGCUAUCCUUUCAGGGCUCCUAUGGUGGCAAUCUGAUAUCAGCCAUUUACAAGAUCAGGUGGGGCUGUUCUUCUUCGCGAACGGUUUCUGGGGUUUCUACCCCCUCUUCCAAGCCAUCUUCACCUUCCCGCAAGAGCGUUUAAUGCUGGCGAAGGAACGAUCCUCCGGGAUGUACCGCCUCUCGUCGUACUUCAUGGCGCUAACCCUAGGCGAUCUUCCGAUGGAGCUCGUCCUCCCGACCGUCUUCUUCACCAUCACAUACUGGAUGGCGGGCCUCAAGCCGGCCGCCGGGCCUUUCUUCUCGGGCCUGUUCGUGCUCCUCUACAGCGUCCUCUGCGCGCAGGGGCUGGGCCUCGCCAUCGGCGCCGCCGUGAUGGAUAUGAAGGCCGCCACCGUGCUCGGGUCGGUGAUCAUGCUGACUUUCUUGCUCGCGAGUGGGUACUACGUGCAGCACGUGCCGGUUUUCAUCGGAUGGAUAAAGUACUUGUCGAUCAGCCAGUAUGCUUUUAAGCUGCUUCUUGGGACGCAGUACAGUGUUGGGGAGACGUACCCCUGCGGCGGCGGCGGGCGGAGGUGUCUGGUUGAGGAUUUUCCGGCGGUGAAGGCGGUGGGGUUGGAUGGGCAGGUGGUUUCCGCGGUGGCGCUUGCGUUGAUGAUUGUUGGGUACCGGCUGAUUGCUUACGUGGCGCUCAUGAGAAUUGGGGUUAUUAAGAAAUAGAAUAUAUUUGUUUUUUUUUUUUUUUUUUUUUUUUUUAAUGUCAAACAGUUGACUGUAUGGUGUUAGAAUUUGAGAUUUAUGGUAAUACUUUUAAUAUUUUAAUUUUGGUUUAGUAUUUUUAGUUAAUGUUGUUCAUGGUCAAGGAAAUUAAAUCAUGGUUGAUUAGUUAGAUGGAUAU